GCCUGCCCUUUCCAUUCAUGCAGGUCUGCUAGCCUAAAAGCCUCCACUGACUAAUCAAGGCAUUCUUCUCAAUCGAGAAAGUAGACUUGCUGACAUGAUCAGCAGAUCAUGGGGAAGAAAAGGUAGGAUGAAUGCAUGUCAUCAAGCUUACUAUUUGAUUACCACCAUCCCUUGAUCAUCCAUCCGCAAAAUGUCACGCGUGAUUUACUGGUUCCGAACAGAUUUGAGACUUCAUGAUAGUCCUGCCUUACAGGCUGCUUUGGAUUUGAAGCCUGAAGCAUUCUUCCCUCUAUGGUGUUGGGAUCCGAAUUACAUCUAUAAACAUCGAGUAGGAUUGAAUCGAUUUAGAUUCUUGCUGGAAUCUAUGCAAACCCUUUCUGAUAACAUCCAUAAGGUCAAUAACAAAAGUCAAUUAUUCGUUGUUCGAGGUGAUCCGGUACUUUUAUUGCCCGAACUAUUCAAACGAUGGAAGAUCAGUCAUUUGGUAUUCGAAAAAGAUGUGAACGGAUAUGCAAGGGAUAGAGAUAGAGAAGUUAUCAAAUUGGCCGAAAAGGCAGGCGUAAAGGUUGUGAUGAAAAAUGGACAUCAUCUGUACGAUAUCGAAGAAAUCGUAAAAAAGAACACAACCGGAAAGCCAAUCACAAGCUUGAAAACAUUGCAAGGUAUCGUUUCUUCAAUGCCUCAACCGCCAAGACCAAUCGAAGCACCAAAGUCUAUACCUUCGCCUGUUUUACCCGGCAAAAAGGAAGCGAAAGAUUUGCAAUCUGUCUUAGCAGAAAUUCAUACUUCCUUGGAGGGCGUGCCCACAUAUCACAAGAAACCUGGACCUCCAAAAGUGGAUUUGAACAGCGCUGAACUAGGAGGUCAAAGGAAGAAAGAUGGAAAGGUGACAUGUUAUGAAACCGUAGAUGGACCUGAUGCGCCUGAACAAAAGAAGGAAGAACAUUUCACUGUUCCUACUUUGGGUUCCUUGGGUAUGGAUCCAAAGUCAUGCGGUGCACAAGAAAAGGCUGCCGUUCCUGGAGGCGAGAAUGAAGCACUCAGGAGAUUAGAAGAAAAGUGCAAGGAGAAAGGAUAUAUGGCUACAUUCUCCAAGCCAAAAACUUCUCCUUCCUGUGAUGCAACUGAACCUUCAACGACUCUAUUGUCGCCUUUCCUCAAAUUUGGUUGUUUGUCGAUUCGCAAAAUAUGGUAUGAUUCAAUAGACGCUGCAAAGGAAUACAAAGGUGGUAACAAAACGGCACCCCCCGAGAAUAUGGAGGGACAACUCUUAUUCAGAGAAAUGUAUGCAUGUGCAGAGUUUGCAGUAGGUGAUGCAUAUCAGCAUAUCCGAGGAAAUUCCAUUAGCAGAUAUAUGGAUUGGUACUUGCCAACAGAGUACGGCAAAGACGGUAAGCCGAUCGAACCUCGUCCAAGAGGAGAUGAAGUGAGCGAAAAACGAUUAGAAGCCUUUCGAGCUGGCCAAACGGGCUUCCCGUGGAUCGAUGCAGGUAUUCGUCAAUUACGCUUGCAAGGGUGGUGUCAUCAUUUGAUGAGACAUAGUCUUGCAUCUUUUUUGACUCGUGGUCAAUGUUGGAUCAGUUGGGAACGUGGAGCGGAAAUGUUUGAAGAAUGGUUAUUGGAUUGGGAUCCUAAUGCGAAUGCAGGUAAUUGGAUGUGGUUAUCUUGCAGUGCGUUCUUUAGUCAAUUCUUUCGUGUUUAUGGAUUGGCAACAUUCCCGCAAAAGUAUGAUUCGCAUGGAACUUUGAUCAGAAAGUAUUGUCCGGAGCUGAAGGAUUACCCGGACAAAUUUAUCUAUGCACCUCAUACUGCUCCUUUGGAAGUACAAAAGAAGGCAAAGUGCAUCAUUGGAAAAGAUUAUCCUUUACCGAUUCUUGAUGAGAAAGCAGAAAAGGCUGUUUGUCUUAAUAGGAUGAAAACUGCUUAUGCUGCUAAAUAUUAUGGAACAUCAAAAGAAGUUUUGGAUGGCAAAGCAGAAGGUAUUCUACGCAAACAACAUGGUGAAUCACAUCCCCAACCUCCCAAAGAGAAUCCUGGCACAAAUAACAAGAUUCCAGAUUGGGCAAAAGCUGGAGUUGAAGCAACAGGAGCUACUGGUAAGAAGGACCAGAAAGCAUCUGCGAGCAAAGAUGAAGACGAAGAAGAAGAGAUUCAGCCUGAAAAUACAGACGAUCAUGAUCAUGAGGAGGAACAGGAGGAGGAGGAUGAAAAACGGGGCACAAAGCGUGAGGCUGAAGAUGAAAAGAAGCCCAAGUCAAAUUCAUCAUCCAAGCGAGGAAAGAAGGCAUGAAUUGUACCCAUAUAAUGUAGAAUUACUGUGCAAUUUGCUUAUUGAUAUGUUCACGGUC